GAAUAGGUCCUGUUUUAAUCUUAAUAUGUAAACAAAUUUACAUUUUACAAUACUAAUUUGAUAGGAAUGGAACAAAUAAAAAUUGAAUUUAAAAAGGAGUUUGGGCAAAAAUGUGGUGAAUUAUUCAUAUGUUCUGGAUUAUUGAAUUAUCGGUGCCUGUUUUGUGAAAGUCUAAACACAGAACAAGCAAGCUUUCAAAACCAUUUAAUCAAAAACCAUGGACUUAUUUUUGAUGAAUGUAUAAACAACGCUUCAAAUCAAAGUUGUAGUGAUGAAAACUUGGAAAUAAAACCUUUUGAAUUAAUACAUGAUAUAAGUGAUGGUAUUACAAACUUAUCUUCAUUAAAUGUAAAACAAAGUGCAGAGAAUGAAAAAAAUUUGGAAGAUUCACCUUCAGAAGAGUGUGAGUCUUUAUAUUCUGAAAUUUCAAAUAAUUUGAGCAAAACAGAAGAAACUCUACCAAAAAAUCCAAUAAUUGAAGAGGAAAGUAUUGAUACCGAAAUUUCUGAAAAACCAAUUCAAAAAUGUCGUGUUAAACCAUUAAGGCAACUUCCCUGUCCACAUUGCGAUCGAGUAUAUCAGAGGCCAAAAUUAUUAAAAGCUCAUAUUGAAACUCAUUCACCUGGAUAUUUAACUUGCAAAAUUUGCAAUAAAACUUUAGCAACUAAACAAAAUUUGGAUACACAUAUGAAAAUACACAGCGAACAAUAUCAAAGAUGUCCAAUGUGCCCAGCCAAAUUUUCUAGGAAAGGCAAUUUAAGUCAACACAUAAAAAGGCAUUCCAAAAUUAAAUCAUAUGCUUGUAAAUAUGAGAACUGUAAUUAUAAAGCUUUGUAUCCAGCUAAUUUACGUAACCAUGAAAAAUGUCAUACUAACUUAAGAAAAGAAAUAUGUGAAAUAUGCGGACAAACAUUCAAAGAAAAAGGUCACCUUAAAGAACAUCAAAAAAGACAUAAUAAUCAACGUGAUUUUCAAUGUAACAAAUGUGAUAAGAGAUUCUAUGAUAAAAAAAGCCUUGCUGAACAUGAAAAUAUUCAUACUGGUGUUAAGAAUUUUGUGUGCCAAGUAUGUUCAGUUCGCUUUUCUACUAAUAGAAAUUUACGAGCUCAUAUGAAAAAGCAUUCAGGAGUGAAAUCUUAUAUUUGCAAGUAUUGCGGGGAUGCAUUUUAUUUAUAUAGUGAGAGGCAAUAUCAUAUUAAAUCUCGGCAUGGAAAACCUAAGUAACGUCAUAUCCAAA